UCUUAUCUCACAACACCAAAAGUAAAACCGGGGCAUGUGAAAACGGGCUCUGAGCUUCCUGCAACGCAACCCCAAAUAACACAAUUUCAUUAAAUUGGGGGGGGGGGGGAAGCCACCUGCAUUUUUAGUUGCUUCCAUUCACAAAUCUCAACGGACUUUACAAACAGUAACGAAUCCUUACAAAUCCUCAGUAAUGUGCUUUUUUCAUUGCCCAUUACUGAUGGGUAUGUUGAGUCUCAGAGAGGAGAAGUGACUUGCCCAAGGUCAGACAGUGAGUCAGUGGCAAAGCCAGGAACUGACUCCUAAUUCCUGUUCUGGCCUCCUGCAGGAUUCUACUGCCCCUCCAGACAGCAGGCCGCGUACAUAAUCCAGCAGGUGAGGCACCAGGCUGAAUCAGGUGAGCUUGACUCCUGGCUCUGCCACUGACUUGUGUAGCGUUAAGCAAGCCACUUAAGCUCUCUGUGCUGUAGCUUCCCAAUCUGUAAAAUGGGCAUAAGAAUGGUUAAGAGGCUCCAGAUAGUUUUAUACCGUCUCCAUAGACGUCAGUAUGCAAUCUCACAAGGCUGAGAGCCGUUGCUCGGUAUCUGUGGAACAUCAGACGUAUUUGGAAUUCGAUCUCCAGUGCAGCCGUGCUGCCAGGCAACCAGAGGAGGCGGGAAGGGGCCCCUUUGCCAAGGCAGAGAUGCAAAUAUAAGUCACCAAACAAGUUAUCAUUCCAGCCAGCCCCACUGAUCUAGGGCAACUGUCCCAGCUGCUGCCAAGUGCAGGAAAGGUUCUAGAACCCAGCCCUGUCAGUGAUCUCAUUAUCAGGCGGGUUCUGGAACCUCUGGGCUAAAUACACAUUUCAAAGAACAUGUAGGAGGGGAAAGGAGAAAGCCCAGUAGCGCCUCGGAGAGGAGCUUCUUCUGCUGUCUCCAGGCUUACGGACAUGGAUGACACCUCGGCUUCAGCGGGGUACUCCCACCCCCACAUGGAGAGAAAGAUGAGUGCCAUGGCUUGCACAGUCUUCAACGAGCUUCGACUGGAAGGGAAACUCUGUGAUGUAGUCAUCAAAGUCAAUGGUUUGGAGUUCAAUGCCCACAAGAACAUCUUAUGUAGCUGCAGUUCCUACUUUAGGGCUUUGUUUACCAGUGGCUGGAACAACACGGAGAAGAGAGUGUACAAUAUCCCUGGCAUCUCCCCUGACAUGAUGAAGCUAAUUAUCGAAUACGCCUAUACGAGGACAGUCCCAGUCACUGCUGACAACGUGGAGCGGCUACUGGCUGCAGCAGACCAGUUCAACAUCAUGGGCAUUGUCAGGGGGUGCUGCGAGUUCUUAAAGUCUCAGCUGUGCUUGGAAAACUGCAUUGGCAUUUGCAAGUUCACAGAGUACUACCAUUGCCCGGACCUGCGGCAGACGGCCUACAUGUUCAUCCUGCAUAACUUCGAGGAAAUGGUAAAGGUGUCUACGGAGUUUCUCGAGCUCUCGGUCAAUGAGUUUAAAGACAUCAUUGAAAAGGACGAACUCAACGUGAAACAAGAAGAUGCAGUGUUCGAGGCCAUUCUCAAAUGGAUUUCCCAUGACCCCCAGAACAGGAAACAGUACAUUUCAGACUUGCUGCCUAAGGUCCGACUAGCGUUGAUGCAUGCGGAGUACUUUAUGAACAACGUUAAGAUGCACGAUUUUGUAAAGGACAGUGAGGAAUGCAAGCCUGUCAUCAUAAAUGCACUGAAAGCCAUGUACGACCUCAACAUGAACGGCCCCUCAAGUUCCGAUUUCACCAACCCGCUCACGAGGCCUCGCCUGCCCUAUGCAAUUUUGUUUGCUAUUGGCGGAUGGAGCGGGGGUAGCCCAACCAACGCCAUUGAAACGUACGACGCCCGAGCAGACAGAUGGGUGAAUGUCACCUGUCAGCAGGAAAGCCCCCGUGCUUACCAUGGCGCUGCCUAUUUAAAAGGUUACGUCUAUAUCAUUGGCGGAUUCGACAGCGUGGACUAUUUUAAUAGUGUCAAACGGUUUGACCCGCUUAAGAAAACAUGGCACCAGGUCGCUCCCAUGCACUCGAGACGCUGCUACGUAAGCAUCACUGUUCUUAACACCUUCAUCUACGCCAUGGGAGGGUUCGACGGCUACGUGCGUCUCAACACAGCAGAACGGUACGAGCCAGAGACAAACCAGUGGACGCUGAUUGCACCCAUGCACGAACAGAGAAGUGACGCGAGCGCCACCACGCUGUAUGGAAAGGUCUAUAUAUGUGGUGGGUUCAAUGGAAAUGAAUGCCUAUUUACAGCUGAAGCAUAUGAUGCUAAGACAAACCAGUGGACGCUAAUCGCACCAAUGAGAAGCAGAAGAAGCGGAAUAGGAGUAAUAGCUUAUGGAGAACACGUCUAUGCGGUAGGAGGCUUUGACGGCGCCAACCGUCUUCGGAGUGCAGAAGCCUACAAUCCAGUUGCCAACACCUGGCGUACAAUCCCCACCAUGUUUAAUCCCCGUAGUAAUUUUGGCAUUGAAGUGGUGGAUGACCUUCUGUUUGUGGUGGGUGGCUUUAAUGGUUUCACGACCACAUUCAAUGUUGAAUGCUACGAUGAAAAGACUGAUGAGUGGUACGAUGCCCAUGACAUGAGCAUAUACCGUAGUGCUUUGAGCUGCUGUGUGGUGCCAGGACUAGCCAAUGUCGGGGAGUACGCGGCCAGACGAGACAACUUUACAGGGUUAUCACAGCGAGAUGAAGUCAAAUACUCCUCUUCGACAAGUACCCUACCUGUAUGAAUAGCUCCACUUAGCUAAUAAAGUCUUCUAAGCAAGAACUGUAUGUAUUCACUUUUUACAAUAAAAGCAAUUGGAUACAAACUCACAGGAAUAGUCAGUCCUAGAAAUUGUUUCAUUCAAUGGAGCCAGACAUCUAUCAUUUACAAACAUGGGUUAUAGUGCUGAAUAGUGCAUAUCUAGCAAAAAAGCAUAUGGAAGACCACAAUCAUAGA